GGCUUAAAUCCAGUGACAGCCAAACAAUUGUUGUCAACUUGUGGUCCAAAUAUUGUCACCACAAAAAUAGCGACUGGAGAGUGGAUCAGAUUAAUGAAAAACGUAUUCCAUUGGUUUAACAGCCUUUUAUGGAUCGGAUCUCUUCUGUGUUUCAUAACAUAUAUCACAGAAAGUAUAAGUGCUUCCGAAGAUCCGGUUCCUGAUAAUUUAUAUUUAGGUUGUGUUUUGGCCGGUUGUGUGUUAAUAUCUAGCAGUUUUAGUUAUUAUCAAGAGGCAAAGAGCGCCAAUAUAUUUGUGACAUUUCGAGAACUCAUACCCAGAUAUGUGACAGUGAUUAGGGCCGCAUCUAAACUGAGAUGUCCUGCAACUGAGUUAGUGGUCGGAGAUCUCAUUGAGAUUACGGCCGGAGACAAAGUUCCCGCAGACAUACGAAUAAUCAAAUCUCACGAAUUGAAAUGUGUUAACCAUUUACUAACCGGUAAUUACGAGUCGUUUGUGCGCUCAGACAAGUGCUCGAAUACAAACCCUUUUUCAACAGAAAAUCUUGUUUUCUUCUCAACUAAUUGUGUCGAAGGAACUGGUCUGGGAAUUGUCAUAAGAACUGGUAACCAAACUUUAAUGUCAGGCCUGUUGUCUCAUUUUUACAAAACUCAUACAUCGAAAAAAUUAUCCAAAAGUCUACUCGACAAACACAUUGAAGUAUUUAUUCGUAUCAUAACAGCCGUCUCUCUAGUCUUUAGUUUACUUCUGUCGAUUACUUCAUAUAUGAUUGGCUAUUCAUGGCUGAGUGCCAUCAUAUUUAUGAUCGCUUUAUUUGUGGCCCAAAUACCUGAGGGCUUAUUUCCGACGCUAACAGUCCUCUUGAGUUUAGCCGCAAAAAGAAUGACUUCAAAGAAUUGUUUGGUUACUAAUUUUGAAACCGUUGAGACAUUAGAAUCGUAUGGUUGUAUCGCAUAUAAGAGAAUGACUUCAAAGAAUUGUUUGGUUACUAAUUUUGAAACCGUUGAGACAUUAGGUCUGACAUCUAUUAUAGUCACAAAUAAAACGGGAAUUAUAACACAGAAUCGUAUGGUUGUAUCGCAUAUUUGGGCCAAUAAUUCAAUUAUUGAUUCAGAAAACUUUUACAGACAUUCAGAUGGCAGAACAGAAGACUUAGGGUCUGUGGCGCUCAAAGCAUUCAUCAGAAUCGGUUGUCUUUGCAAUGCGGCUGAAUUUAGUGCAGCGCAGGCACGCCUUUCACCACUCAAACGAGAAGCGAUCGGCAAUUCAACAGAUGUGGCAAUACUUAAAUAUAUGGAAGUGAUUGUUGGCUGUGUUGAAGGUUAUCGUCUCAAUUAUCCCAAAGUUUUACACAUUAAGAGAAUGACUUCAAAGAAUUGUUUGGUUACUAAUUUUGAAACCGUUGAGACAUUAGGUCUGACAUCUAUUAUAGUCACAAAUAAAACGGGAAUUAUAACACAGAAUCGUAUGGUUGUAUCGCAUAUGUGGGCCAAUAAUUCAAUUAUUGAUUCAGAAAACUUUUACAGACAUUCAGAUGGCAGAACAGAAGACUUAGGGUCUGUGGCGCUCAAAGCAUUUAUCAGAAUCGGUUGUCUUUGCAAUGCGGCUGAAUUUAGUGCAGCGCAGGCACGCCUUUCACCACUCAAACGAGAAGCGAUCGGCAAUUCAACAGAUGUGGCAAUACUUAAAUAUAUGGAAGUGAUUGUUGGCUGUGUUGAAGGUUAUCGUCUCAAUUAUCCCAAAGUUUUACACAUUCCGUUCAAUUCAAAUGCGAGGCAUUCGUUAACAAUAAAUAGAUUUAGUAAAGGGUUUUGGUUAUGUAUGAAAGGAGAGCCCGAACUUAUAAUUGAUAAAUGCUCGUCCAUUCUUACAAUGGAUAGAGUUAUACCAUUUGAUAACGAAUACAAAAUAUAUUUCAAACAAAUUCUUGACGAAUUGGGAAGUUUUGGAGAGCGAGUCAUUGCGUUUUGCGAUCAAUAUCUACCAUAUACUGAAUAUCCAGUGCAUUAUUCUUUUAAUUCUGGACUUAAGAAUUAUCCAACUAAUGGAUUAAGAUUUGUGGGUUUGAUAUCGCUUUUAAACCCGCCGCGAGCGUCAGUUCCAGAAGCUGUCCACAAAUGUAAAAGCGCUGGUAUAAAGAUAGUAAUGGUUACCGGAGAUCAUGCCAUCACUGCGAAAGCCAUCGCCAGUGCCGUCGGUAUAAUUUCUGAUAACAAACAAACGACUUCUAAAAUUGCAAAAAGUGUUUACAAACAUAAGGAUAUUAAAAGAUUAUUAAAAUCAUCGGUAAUUGCUGGAAAAGAUGUUCAAGAUCUUAGUGAUAGAGAGUUGUGUCAAUUGGUAAAAAGUAAUGACAAUUUAGUGUUUGCGAGAAUAAACCCAAAACAAAAGUCGCGAGUAAUUAAUUGUCUGAAAAGCAAGAAAUCGGUGAUUGCGGUGACGCGAGACGGCGUUCACGGCUCAACACUUGUUGAAAACGCCGACAUUAAUAUAGCGAUGGGAAUCACUGGCACUGAUAUCAGUAAACAGUCAGCAGAUGUUAUACUUCUUGACGACGAUUUCGCGUCGAUUGUCUCCGGCAUAGAAGAAGGAAGAGUUAUAUUUGAUAAUCUCAAGAAAUCUAUUUGUUAUACUCUUUCGUCUAAAACUCCAAUAAUAUGUCCGUUUCUUUUGUAUUUAUUGGCAGACAUUCCCUUACCUUUGGGUUCGAUCACAAUAUUAUGUAUAGAUUUAAUUUGUGAUAUGAUUCCUGCCAUCUCUUUGGCGUAUGAACUUCCAGAGUAUGAUAUUAUGAAUUACAAACUCAGAGAUCCUAUGGCUAAUAAAUUAGUUCAUCAAAAACUCCUAUACCUUUCAUACUUUCAAUUGGGAUUCUUUGAACUGUUUGGAGGACUAUUCACUUACGCUAUAAUUAUGAUUGAAAAUGGAUUUAAUUUGAGUUAUCUGUUUGGCCUAAGAAAGUAUUGGGAUUCAAUUGGUGUCAACGAUCUGAUGGACUCUUAUGGACAGGAAUGGAGUAAUACUUAUAAUGAUCGAAAGACAUUGGAAUAUACCUGUCACACAGCAUUUUUUGCAUCCGUUGUAAUCACCAAAUGGUCAGCACUUAUCUGCUGUAAAACUAGAAGAAUAUCUAUUUUAAGACAAAAAAUGACAAACGAUGUUUUGACGUUUUCAUUGUUUUUCGAGUUGGGUUUAGCCGUGUUUUUGUCCUAUUGUCCCGGUCUGGACAAUUCAACAAAAAAAAACGAUGUUUUGACGUUUUCAUUGUUUUUCGAGUUGGGUUUAGCCGUGUUUUUGUCCUAUUGUCCCGGUCUGGACAGAGGAAUAUUCUUCUGGUGGUUCUGUUCCAUACCUUUUGCUGUAUUAAUGAUUAUUUAUGAUGAAUUGCGACGAUAUUUAAUAAGACAGUAUCCUAACGGUUGGGUUGAAAUCGAGUCCUUUUAUUAG